UCGGAUAUUGAAUCGGUUUAAGAGAUCUUACCCAAGGGAGGGGGGUGCUGACUUUUCUCUUUAUAUAAUGUUUAAGCAUCUCACCCGCCAGACAUUACAACAAGCUAAACGAUUAUCACCUCAAAUUGCCUUGCGACCUCCUUCUGCUAGAAUAUACGCUCGUGCUAUUCCACGCUUUAUUCACAACACUUCAGUAUCCUUUGACAACAGCACAAGGCCUACAUUCACCCCAACAACAUUAAACACAGACAGAUACCAUCGCUUAUCUGAUGAAAUAUUGGAACAUAUGGUUGCAAAGCUUGAGGAAAUUGGAGAUGAAAUAGAUAUGAAAGGAUUUGAUGUUGAAUACAGUCAAGGUGUCAUGACACUUUCAGUAGGCGAGCAUGGUACCUAUGUGAUCAAUAAACAACCUCCUAAUCAUCAAAUUUGGCUAUCUUCACCUGUCAGUGGACCACAGCGAUUCGAUUAUGACGAACAACACAGAAAGUGGUUCUAUGCUCGAUAUAACCAAACAUUGGAUGAAGUAUUGAAUAAUGAAUUAUCCAAAGCACUUGACAGAAAAGUUGAUUUAUUAGAAAAUUUUGAUCCACAAGAAGAAUAAAUUUAGAAAGACAAUUGUUCAAGAGUAGACAAGACUGUCUCUACAUUUGGUAUAUAAUAUCUAGCUUCUGUACUUCUUGUACCUACUGUACAAGUGAUCACCUUGAGAUUUUUCUGUUUGUUUAAAAACGUAAACAUGUCUUCAUCCGAUCGGUCAUCUCCAAUAGCCAGCACA